GUUCUGGAGCUGACCAAAACAACAAAGCGCAAGGGAAAGCGUAAAUGACCACGCGUUAAAUGACCACUGUUAUACUUACUUAAAAACUGUAAUGUGGAAGGAGAUCAGCGAGCGACAGUGGUGGCGCCUGUGGCCGUAUCUUGCCGUGGGGGAUACGUUGGUGGGAGUGGUCAUUUUACCCAAUUUUGUUGCAAGUUACUGGAUGGGCACAUGGCUAAUCUAUGAUUUCUACCUGUUUCCCAAAGACCUCGCCCUCUCUGCUUGGGUGUGUUACGGUCUAGGAAGUGCAUUGGUGAUCUGCUCCAUUCUGUGUCAACAGAUACUCCGGACAUGGUUGAUUCCAGGGGACGGAGAGUGCACGUGGAAGUUUGUGAUAGCGGUGCAUGUUUAUAAAUACGUCAUGGCUCUAAUCGGUGUCAUGCAGUGGCGCGGAUUGGCAUAUGUUACCGUUCUGUAUACGGGAAUGACACUGACUAGCGCCGUGGUGGGGUUAGUAGGGGCCACCGUCCUCCUGGCCCUGCUCAGGAACCACCUAGGCAUUCUAACCCCUCCUCUCACCAUGGCAUUAGACCCAGAUGUUAUGGAUUCAUUCUCAAUUCCGACCAAGUUUUCUUGUGAGCCUGGACUAAGCUGGAAAUUCCUCCUGGACACACUGUUUACAGUUUUUGUGAUCACAACGUUUGCUGGUUUCGCCCUCAAAGGAUACUGGGUACUCCUGGAAAUAGCUAUGCCAGUGGACGAAAACGAUCCGAUCGAACUGUUGGACAUUGGUCUCGUUUCCUUACUGAUAUUCUACGGGUUGGUGUCCAUUCCCAUCAUCGGACAAUUCGAACUCAUUAAACUGAACAAAAGAGUGGAAGAAAAACAUCCCUGGUUGGUAGCAAUACUAGAAGAAAUGUUCAUAGCUAUUUUAGGCAUGCUUCCGAUGUUGUUUUGGCGUGCGGUGUACCUGAUUCACUUAAGUUUCGUGACACCUGAUUACUACAGGAUCUAUCUCUGGACUUCCCAUGCUGUGGGAUUUCUAGGUGUGUGCGUCAUGCGAACCUCAGCAAGUAUGAUCCCAGUGGGAUGCGUCUCCGACAAAGAGGCCUUCCAAAACGAGUUUGGGAUUUUUGACUAUCGUUAUUCGAGGAUUUUUCUAGACAAGAGGAGGACCAUACGUCAACAGGAGGUGGAUGAUAAACUGGACUUCAGUGACCUCGAUACAUGAUGAAGCCAGUCUGAUUUCUCACACCAGCUGCAGUUCCUGUUGAAUCCGGUGAUGCAUAGAACUCUGAAAGGACAUACAUAUAUUAUUUAUCUCUCAUUUUAAAAGUAACUCAUAAUGACUAUUUUCAUGCAUACUGCAGUAAUAAUGCGAUCAUAACGAAACAUAGUGGCAGUGUAGAUGUUAUACAAAACAUACAACGAUUUCUUAAACCUCCAGUUUUAUUUUUAACAUUUCGAUGAUUUUUAAAAAGAAUCUGUAUCAUUUCAUCGGACAUGACCAUGAUGAUUUCCAGACUGAUGAUUUCAAGUUUUGUCGUCCUUCUGAUCAAUUACUCAUACCGAUAAUUACAAGAAAAUAGUAGGUGUGAUUAAGUUCCCAUGGCUUUAAUAGUAACUGUAUUUUCUUUAUAAUCUCCUAAGGGAGGAAAUAAAGUAUGAAGGAAUGAA